AUGGCUCCAAAAAGGAAGUACAACAAGAAAAAUACGGCCACUACCCAGAAGGCAACCGUUGACGCAGCAACAGAAGGGGGCACUCAGGCCCAGGCAGCCGCCACAGCUAAUGUCGCUGCUACGCCUUCCAAUACUUCUGAUGCAGAUGUUAGAGGAGCUAUUCAGCUGCUCACUCAAAUUUUGGCAAAUCAAGCCCAGCGACAGGAAACGACCCCUAGCUCAGGCGCUAGUAGUGGGUCAAACAGUUCUAGGACUCAGGAGUUUAUGCGGAUGAAGCCGCCAGUGUUCACAGGGUUAAAGAAGGAGGAAGACCCCCAGAAUUUCAUUGAUGGACUCCAGAAAAUAUUUCGUGUGAUGCAUGCUACUGAUACAGAGGCAGCAGAAUUCGGGGCUUUCCAGCUGCAAGAUGUGGCCCAUAUUUGGUAUGAGACAUGGGAACAGUCCCGAGGGGAGGAUGCACCUUCUGCUACUUGGGACGAAUUUGCAGACGCUUUUAUUGAACACUUCAUGCCAAUUGAGGUUAGAGAAGCCAAGGCUAUAGAGUUUGAGAAUCUAAGGCAAAAGGACAUGACUGUUCAGGACUAUUACCUCAAGUUCGUGUCAUUGUCCAGACAUGCUCCUCACAUGGUUCCUGAUAUGAGAGCCGUGGUUAGGAGAUUUGUACUUGGGCUUAAACCCGAGUUGCACAGGGAUGCCAACACAGUUGCUCAGAACGACAAGAUGACUAUUUCCAAGAUACUGACAUUUGUGCAUGGUAACGAGACAAGAAUGAAGGAAGAAGAAGCCCUACAAAAGCAAAAAGAUAGGGAGUUCAGCAAGAGGGCUAAGUCUGCUGGUAAUUUCAGUUAUGGGGGAUCUCAAGGUAAUGGCAACCGUCAGUUUUUUUAA